GGGAAGGUCUUUUCUUUAUUUUCUUCUAGAUAAAGUAUUUAUAGUUGAAACAAAUGGAAAGUGGUGGCAAGGGAAGGGAAGAGGAACCAGAUGGCAUGUCUGUACACUCUCCGUGCAACGCUCCCCCUUCCUCUGCUUCUUCUCUCCCCAAGGACCAAUCAGAGAUUGAGUUGGAGCUUAGACUGCUAGAAGCUCUUGAAUUUUAUCCCCUGACGAAAUUACAAGGCAUACAUCGUCACUUUGUCCUUUAUGGUUUAAUGGAUUUUCUGCAGAGAAGGUUUGACCGGUACUUCUCUUCGGAUGAGGUUCUUCAAUUGCUCGAUCGGUUCUACAACUUGGAAAUGCUGAAGCCAGACGAUGACGAGAUGGAAAUCCUGAAUCAUGAGGAAGAUUUUUGCUUGCCCCAAGUUUCUUUGUUAAGGAAGAACCAUAAGCAUUGAGCGGCUGUUUUUGUAUGCAGACAAUGUUUAAUUUGAACUGAUCAUAUGUUCAAUCUAUGUUUUUGGCCAUUUUUUCUUCUACAUACGAUCAAUGAAUCGUGCUUUUGAGCGUUAUUAUCAUAUAUGUAGCAGAGUGAGAUCAUCAAUCAGAUCAAUUGGUACAUGAUCGCAUUGCAUUAGAUCUAUCACAUCACUUACAACUGGUAGGCAUGGACAAGCGGCACAACAGGCAGAGUCUGCUCUUCUCCAACCAUUGGAAAAUGCAACUGUCGCGGUCAAGAUGUAAAUGCAGCAUAUGAGUGGCUUCCGAAUCAACCCCAACGUCCGCUAUACAACAGCAAGCCCCUGGUGAUGACCAGGUUUGCACUCUUACCUUCUCCAAUUUCUCAUUGGAAGUUCUAGUUGCUGGUACAAAUGUGGCUGAUGCCCACCACCACAACCACCACUAUCAUCCGACUCCGCAACCACAUCAACUUUGAGGAAUGCCUCCAUAUGCACAAGGCUAAUGCCUCCAUAGCACAAUACUUCAUCCGCCACCUGAGUAUCCGUAGAUCCCCCAUUGCGGCCGUAUAUGCACGUAAAUCAACAGAAAGAUUCAAGACUUAAUUGAUCAGUAGAACCCGGCGUAACAGCUUGUCAUAUUGGAAUGGAAGGAAGCGAAUGAAAUUUUGAUUGAAGCUUUGCCAGCUCAGCUGGGUGCCCUAGAGCAGCUAGGAGCAGAGGAGUCUUGCUUCUCAAGUCAGACACGAAGUUGUUCAACCCUGGUUUGAAAUUGAUUGACAUACGUCUACUUUGCAUUUUUAUUUUUAUUUUUCUGACGUACCAAGACUGCGAUUGACUUUGAAUAUCGCCACGGUAAUCACAUCAAAGCCCUCAAUUGGAAUCACCAUGUACGGCCCAGCUAGCUUGUAUAUUAGGCGGACUGGUGGACUGGAGGAUAAAAAUCCUCAAAUACAAUUUUGUAUGCACAUGAAUUAAAGUUUGGAAAAGACUUGUAUCCA